AGCACUGGCCUCCGUGCCUCGGGUCCGCGCGGCGUGCCAAACGCGAGUUCGGCCGCCAGAGGAUGCAGCCGGCCGCCCUGCCCGCCGCCGCCCCGCGGGCGCCCCUGGGCACGGCCAGCCGCAUUUUCCACGGCGCGCAGGACCUCCGCGGCACGCUGGCGGCCGCGACGCACUCGGAGCUGUGCGGCGGCCAAGGCUGCCAGCAGCUGGUCGUGCGGAAGCUCCAGCGCGGACUGGGGCGGAGGGUUUUCAACAUGCUCCGCCAGGACGUGAGCUCGGUCAGCGCCCUGCUGCUGGCGUGCGAGGGCGGGCACGCGCCCGCCAGCCUCUUCCGGGCCGAGGUCCGCAAGACCAUCGUGCAGUGGCACGAGCGCCUGUCGGACGCCAUUUCGGCCCCCGAGCGGGCCGCGCUGCUGCUGGGCCAGUUCCUGGCCGGCGUGCCCGAGCGCGAGGCCCGCGAGGAGUUCGUGGCGGCCCUCGCCGAGUGGGCGGGCGCGGCGCUGGGGGCCGCCCGCCCCGCGCCCGGAGGC